AGAGUGCGGUGACGGAGGUGGCAAGGAUACUGGUGGAGCGAUACGACAGGACGUGGACGGGCGAGGGUGCGGAGGAUCGAAUCGGCAAGCGGCCGAUUGACGGUGCUCGUGCCACAGUGCGGCGAUACGGGCUACCUUGCAGUGCGGAGGAACUACUAGAGCAAAGCCACGUGCUGGUGGAGGAGAGGUGGAGUCAAGCCAAGCCCCUCCCAGGCGCCCACCGUCUGAUGCAGCACCUCCAGGCAUGCGGCAUCCCCAUGGCCGUUGCUUCCAGCUCCCCUCGGCGCAACGUCAACAUCAAGCUCUCUUUCCAUGCAGGAUGGACGGACAUGCUUCAAGUGCUGGUGGGAGGGGAUGAGGUGGAGCAUGGCAAGCCGCGCCCUGACAUAUUCCUUCGUGCAGCUGAGCUGAUGGGCGCCUCUCCCUCUCACUGCCUCGUUGUGGAAGAUGCCCCAGCAGGGGUUGAAGCCGCCGUUGCAGCAGGCAUGUGGGUGCUCGCAGUGCCCUCCCUGCCGAAUAAGGCCGCCCGGCCACUGUACUCUGCCGCCCACCAGCUGCUGCCCUCUUUGUUGGACUUCCAACCACAGCACUGGGGGCUCCCUCCUUUCUCCGACUGUAAGAACCCUCGUUUCUUCUGUCCCUCUAGCUGCUGCUGCUACAGGGAUGCGCCAACCACCUGCAGUGACCCACCAGCUGCUGCCCUCUCUGUUGGACUUCCAACCACAGCAAUGGGGCCUCCCCCGCUUCUCCGACUGUAA